CUUCUGCUAUAAACUACGAUAUGCAGUUUGUUCUAGUAAUUUGUGCUGUGAUAGGGACUUCUCUGGUGACAGCAUUCGAAAAACCCCAACGCAGUCUUCGCCCGUGGUGGAACUCAACACGCCUACCGGGACGCAUUGUCGGUGGUUUCGAGAUAUCCAUCGAAGAUGUACCGUGGCAGGUUUCGCUCCAAAGCGAUGGACACAUAUGCGGAGGAUCUAUCAUUGGAUCCCAAUGGGUUCUAACGGCAGGGCACUGUAUCGUAAGUUCUCAAAACCCUUACCAAACCAUACGCAUCGGAAGCUCGAAUUUAGAAAGGGGAAUCACUGUUAAGCUGAAACGAGUAGUCCAACAUCCCGAUUUCAGUUACUGGUCCGCUGAUUACGACUAUGCGUUGUUGGAGCUGGCUCAGAAGAUCAGCUAUACCCAAAGCGUCCAGGCCAUUGCGCUACCGAGAAAGCACGAGGGUGUUUCUGCGGGAACCAUGUGCUUGAUUUCCGGUUGGGGUAGUACCCAGUACUUAUGGGAUGAGAAGAACAUUCUUCGAGGUGCGAAUGUUCCCACACUGGGUUACCAAUACUGCGCACAGACUUACCAUGACAUUAGGGAAAUAACUCCCCGGAUGAUCUGUGCCGGAUACUGGAGCGGGGGAAUAGGCUCCUGCCAGGGAGAUUCCGGUGGACCGUUGGUGUGCGAAAAUAAACUGAUCGGAAUCGUGUCCUGGGGCGAGGGUUGUGCCGAGGAAGGUUAUCCAGGAGUUUACGCGCGGGUUGCGGCGGUGCGCGAUUGGAUCGAGGAAGUUAGUGGAAUAUGAAUGUUAAUGAUCGUGGGUCGCAGAAAGAAAUAGAUUAUUGUGGAGGCACCUUGC